GAUUUUUCGAAGCGGGAAAGAACAUAGAACAUCUAUGGCACAACGAAAUAUUAUGGCAACAAAGUCAUCUUAGCGGAACCAAAACAAUUUAAAGAUACUAUUGAACUUUCGUGAAAAUCGGUUGUAACAAAUGUCAAUUUACGGAAAUAUAUUGUUUUACAAGACCACAGGCUCUCACGAGGAGAAUACAAUGAUAUUCUAUUCUCCUCUUAAAUUAUGAAAUCUAGACGCACCCAAAAGUCUACAAAACCCCGUUUACAAGACCCCAAACUCGCUGAUAAGGGGCACAAGUCAGCCUCGAAAAGCCAUGCCAAACCACCAUGUGAAUCGUAUCCUGCCCAAAAAAAGCCUUUCACUGGGAAACUAUUCUACUUAGAUUUGCCAUCAAACAGAAGAGCAGAGACGUUAGAGAAUGAUAUCAAAAGGUUUGGAGGGAUGGUAGAGAAGUUCUUCAGCAAGGAGAUCAAGUACCUGGUGUCUAAUAAGAGAGAGGCCAGGUAUGUGCAGUGUCAUGGCCGCAACCCUCUUGUCCCAAGCCCUGACUCUGGGCACGGCUCCCCCCACCCUCGCCCCCAUCCCGGCAGCCACAGAGACAGCCUCAAAGGAAGCUCCCAGGGCCAGGCAGACAUGGUGGUCAUAAGCAGGGGCAAGUCUUUUGUGAAGAGAGUUGUAAAAGAGCAGGUGAGAAUACAUGUCAACGAGAUCCUGUCCAAUGCUCUGGAGUGGGGAGUGAAAAUCCUGUACAUUGAUGAUGUAAUAGCUUAUAUGGAAAAGAAGAAAAGGAAUGUUAAGUAUACUUCUGAAAAGCCAACCGCAACCACAGCUGCUGUCAAGAAAAGUGCCAAAGGAGAACCUAUAGGAAAACCAGCCUUCCAGAAGUAUAAGGGUGGAAGGAUCCGUAAACCCUUUGUAAAGGUAGUGGACUCCAGCAGACAUUACCGUCCAAUUUAUCUGGCCAUGCCGAAUAUGCCAGAGUUUAACCUAACGUCAGCUCCCCCCUGCAGUCCAUUCUAUGUAGAGGACCAGGAACACUCUGGGAAGAGACCUAAAGUGCACGGGAACCGAGGGGCGAGAGUGUCAGCCAGUGAGGAGAGGGGGCAGGACCGGGCCAGGAGGAACAGGGAGAAGAAACGUGGAGGCUACUGCGAGUGCUGCACGCUCAAAUACAACAACAUCAAUGCUCACCUGCAGAGUGAGCAGCACAAGGCCUUCUCCAGAAGUGAUGAGUACCUGGUGGUGGACAGGCUCAUCACCACACUGCCCUUCAACUUCAGUCACGUCAAAACAACACAAACUCCAACCACAAGGUCAAAGUACAGCAUAACCUCCCUGUUGUGUGUUCCUGGACCCAGCAUACAGAUGGAGGGAGGUGUGGAAACCAAAGAGCUGAAGGGGGGAUUAAUGUCCCUCUGGUCUACUACAGUGGAGCCCCCUCUCUCCCAGAGUGUGGAAAACCCCUUGGAACAGCCUCGGAAGCGCAGCCGAGGAGCCCCUGUUCCCCACAGCACCAGCGAGGGGGAGAAGAGGUGCUCUUACGUCCCAGACAGACCCCAGCCCAAGCACAGAUCCCUGUCCUGCAAACAACGCUGCCGACAGGGAUACCCGUGCAAGCACCCCCAGAGGGCUGGGCUGAGUCAGACACCUGUGUCUAAUGCAGAAAUAGACCCUUCUACCCUUGACUCUGUCGCUAACCCCAGACUUUCCCAUCAGGGCCAGAGAACUCACACAGACAAAGAUGGCCGCUCUUCAUUUAGUCACACAGAGGAUUUACAAUGUGGCGAUCCAGCUGGACGUGUGAAGGUCCCUUCCAGUCAGCACGAGGUGGCAGGGCCUUCAGAACACCACAAGCUCAGAGCUUUAGAGGAGAGGGAACUGAGUCAUGAUACGUUGGCUGGGGAUACUCUUCCCGGGAAUACUGGGGGUGUUCCGGAGCUCGAGGCAGGUGACACGGAGACACACACCCCUCCUGCCAGGACGUUACAGAGGAGGGUCAGGGAUUACAGACGGAAGAGAAGGAAAGUUGAGAAGCAGCGGACUGCUCAGGAGCAGGAAAAACCAAGCAAUGUUCCCAGCAGCUCUCUGCUGAACCUCUGGCAGCUGUUCCACUCCAGUGAGGACAUGGAGUGUGAGUUCAGAGGCUUUCCCAGCUGUUCCACUCCAGUGAGGACAUGGAGUGUGAGUUCAGAGGCUUUCCCAGCUGUUCCACUCCAGUGAGGACAUGGAGUGUGAGUUCAGAGGCUUUCCCAACUGUUCCACUCCAGUGAGGACAUGUAGUGUGAGUUCAGAGGCUUUCCCAACUGUUCCACUCCAGUGAGGACAUGGAGUGUGAGUUCAGAGGCUUUCCCAGCUGUUCCACUCCAGUGAGGACAUGGAGUGUGAGUUCAGAGGCUUUCCCAGCUGUUCCACUCCAGUGAGGACAUGGAGUGUGAGUUCAGAGGCUUUCCCAACUGUUCCACUCCAGUGAGGACAUGGGGUGUGAGUUCAGAGGCUUUCCCAACUGUUCCACUCCAGUGAGGACAUGGAGUGUGAGUUCAGAGGCUUUCCCAACUGUUCCACUCCAGUGAGGACAUGGAGUGUGAGUUCAGAGGCUUUCCCAGCUGUUCCACUCCAGUGAGGACAUGGAGUGUGAGUUCAGAGGCUUUCCCAGCUGUUCCACUCCAGUGAGGACAUGGAGUGUGAGUUCAGAGGCUUUCCCAACUGUUCCACUCCAGUGAGGACAUGGAGUGUGAGUUCAGAGGCUUUCCCAACUGUUCCACUCCAGUGAGGACAUGGAGUGUGAGUUCAGAGGCUUUCCCAGCUGUUCCACUCCAGUGAGGACAUGGAGUGUGAGUUCAGAGGCUUUCCCAGCUGUUCCACUCCAGUGAGGACAUGGAGUGUGAGUUCAGAGGCUUUCCCAACUGUUCCACUCCAGUGAGGACAUGGAGUGUGAGUUCAGAGGCUUUCCCAGCUGUUCCACUCCAGUGAGGACAUGGAGUGUGAGUUCAGAGGCUUUCCCAACUGUUCCACUCCAGUGAGGACAUGGGGUGUGAGUUCAGAGGCUUUCCCAACUGUUCCACUCCAGUGAGGACAUGGAGUGUGAGUUCAGAGGCUUUCCCAACUGUUCCACUCCAGUGAGGACAUGGAGUGUGAGUUCAGAGGCUUUCCCAGCUGUUCCACUCCAGUGAGGACAUAGACUGGGAGUUCCAGGCCUUCCCCAGCUAGAGGGGGGGUUAGGGUGACCCAGAAUCUUCCCAAUAUGAGCGCUAACCUGUUACGGACUCACUGUAUGAACUUAUUGUAUGACAGUUUCAUUGAGUGACAUAGCAGAUCUAUAUGCGAACCCAUUGACUGUGGCUCUUUAAACCUAUGACUUCUAUAAGGGGAAUAGUUCCCUUCAGGUUGGGAGGGUAGUGGCGCAACACUGUUGUGUUGAUUUAACCAUGGCAGCUUCUAGUCUACCUGGCUUUUUUACCAUGACUGGUUUUAUCUGGAGAACAGGCUGAAGCACUAUCCCCAGUUCUGUACAACGCCUGCAUGUGUUCUGGUGUCCAGAGGAACUGCAUGGUUGUGUUUUUGGUAUGUGGUAUUGUACUUUUUUUUUUAAUAAAAAGGGAUACAACCGAA